AUAAUUUACGAAGAGCCUCCACAAAAGAUAUUGUACAAGAAUUUUGAAAGAACCGUAGAUCAUCAAGUGUUAACUGUUGAAAAAGAGAAGAUAUUUCGUCCUAAUUUAUUGAAAAGACGUUUCAGCAAGUACGAUUCAUAUCCUUACGGGUUUAAAAAAGUUAAAAAAGGGCAGGGUGAAGAGGAAAAAACCUCAAAAAUCGACAUCGUCGAGUAACAACGAAUCAGUCAUCUCCAGGAAUAAUGAAUGAAAACAUCGUCGAAUGAUGAUCAGAUCUUGGAUAAUAGUUUGUACUUAGCAUAUACUACAUUCCUAGUAAAUCGAUAGGUGUUAAGACUUAUUAUGUUACCUAAAUACCGUUAAUUGUAUUAUGUGUUAUAAGAGAUAUAAAAUAAAAGAGAAUCAACACGUGAGCGUAUAUUUUCUUUACAUCAUGAACAGUUGGGAACCUCGGCGAAUUGUUGGUAAGUAACAAGAGAGUUAGCAUAUUUCUUUUUUUUUUGCAUAAAGCGGAGUUGAUGUAACCUCCUACCAUCACGAGAAGCUUAAAAUCAUCUUUAGGAAGUUACACACAUGACCGCUAUAC